UUGAAAUUGCAACUUUUUUUCCCGCUAAACUGACAUCUGAGUGGAAUUGAAGUGCUUUGUUAGGAUAACAUACUAUCAUCUCAAUAUUGUUCAGCAACUUUUUUGUCUUUUUUGUUAAUUGGGACCAGGGAUAACUUUUUAUAAGAUGAUCAUAUUUUUUUUCAGGCAGUAAUGGGAUAUUAUCAAGGGAUUAUCAAGGAUUACAGCUUAGAGGUAUUUUAUCUUCAAAACAGAAGUGGAAAUAAUUCCAAUAGAUUAAAUUGAUGAUAAACUGGGAUUAAGAGAUCUACUUGAUUUGAGUGGUUCAUCGACAGGAACAUUUUGGACCCUUUCUGACUUCAAAGUGAUAUGAGGGGAACAACCCCAAUGUAACAGGGACAACAGUAAGAUAAAAAAAAAACAAACAAAAAAAAAAAAACAGACAGAUAAACACUUAAUUCAGAGGCAGACAGGUAGACAGACAGACAGGCAAUCUGAUGCCAACUGUCUCCUCUGUGACUCUCACCGGACGACUCCUCCUGCUGUUGCUAUGGGCAACCCACCUCACCAUGGCAACCAACUGGCUCUCUCUGUCACGUUUGCCACGUUCUCAUCCUGUGUCUGGUGCAGGACCAUGUGGCCGUCUGAGGGGGUUGUCACCAGGCCAGGUUGGGGUGUGCCGGGCACGGGGGGAGGUCAUGGAGUCCGUGCGAAAGGCUGCAGAGAUGGUAAUUGAGGAGUGCCAACAUCAGUUCCGAAACAGGCGGUGGAACUGUUCCACCACCUCCCGUGGGAUCAAUGUUUUUGGACGAGUCAUGAACCAAGGUACCCGUGAGGCGGCGUUUGUCCAUGCUCUUUCAUCAGCAGCAGUUGCCAUGGCAGUGACUCGAGGAUGUAGCAGGGGAGAGCUGGAGAGGUGCGGCUGUGACCGAAAGGUCAGGGGAGUCAGUCCAGAAGGUUUCCAGUGGUCAGGAUGCUCUGAUAAUCUGUCCUAUGGCGUUGCAUUCUCUCAGACCUUUGUGGAUGAGCCUGAGAGAGCUAAAGGCAUGUCGUCAGGGCGACCACUAAUGAACAUUCACAAUAAUGAAGCAGGACGGAAGGCGAUCCUCCAUAACAUGCAGGUGGAGUGUAAGUGUCAUGGUGUUUCCGGGUCCUGUGAGCUCAGAACCUGCUGGAAGGUCAUGCCCCCUUUCCGUCGGGUUGGUGUUGUGCUGAAAGAGCGUUUUGAUGGGGCUACAGAGGUACGGCUAACACGUGUGGGCUCACGCACAGCUCUGCUUCCACGGGAUCCCAAUGUGAAGCCACCUGCCACACGGGAUCUGGUCUACCUGGCUCCUUCACCAGAUUUCUGCCGUUUAGACCCAGACAAUGGCAUCCCUGGCACUGCAGGACGACGAUGUAAUGGAACCUCAAGGUUGGCGCCAGAUGGUUGUGAAUUGUUAUGUUGUGGCCCAGGGUUUCGUGCAGGCCGGGCAGAGGUGGUACAGCGCUGCUCCUGUAAAUUCUCCUGGUGCUGCUCAGUUCGCUGCCAGCAGUGUAAGAACACAGUGCUUAUACACACCUGCCGAGAAUAAGGCAUACCUGGAAAAAUUGCACACACUUCAUUUUAGAAUAGAACCAGAUCCACCUCUCCUAGAACAAGUGUGAAAUCACACUCCUAUAUUGCAUGCCAGCCUGCACCAAUCAUUACAUGUAGAUAACAAAACAGUUUUAUACAACACUUGUAUGUACUCACUUCUUGUUACUUACAAAACAGACUCCCAAUUACCUAUAAAAUCAAGGAUUUGGCUAAUAAUUGUGAUUAAGCUUGACUGCAGGAGAACAGAUAUCACUUUCAUUAUUCUCAGUGUGAACUGAAGGGUGUGAACAACAGCUGAACAACCCUGAUGAUUGCUAAAGCAAUUGUUCACCCAAAAAUUUAAAUUAUGUCAUCAUUUACUCACCCUAAUUUUGUUUCAAACCCAUGACUUUCUUUCUUUCUUCUGUGGAACACAAAAGUAAGUGUUAGGCAGAUUGACAGUCUCAGUCACCUUUCACUUUCAUUGUAUUGAAAAAAUAUAUCAUUAAAGUGAAUGGUGACUGAGGCUGAACAUUCCACCUAACAUCUCCUUUUGAGUUUCCCUAAAAAAAAGAAAAAGAAAAGUGAUUAAGUUUGUCAGAACAUUGGAACGGGAAUGAGUAAAUGAUGGCAGAAUGUUCAUUUUUAUUUUAUGACCUUGCUCUAGAACUUAACAAGCCAACUCUACAGCACAAAAAUGGCAAUUGUCACCUUAUAGUUAAUUCAGACAUAUUUAAUAAUCAUCAAUAUAUUUUCUUAUCAGUAGGAAUUUGAUUCAGUCAAAUUCAAUGUUGGCUGCUUGUGUCCAUCAAUAGAUAAGUUUAGAUGGAAAUAAGGUGUGUGGGAUGGUAAAAUAUUAUGGUAAUGUUUCACUGUGUACAUUAGAUUUUGUUUUAAUAUAUAAUCAACCAGAACACACGACACUACUACAUUUCCUUAUAUGAGCAAUUACACAUAAAAUACAAACCAUUAACUUGCUCAGACAAUGCUCUUAAAGCUGAUAUUAACCCCAGAAUAACAGCAGGAGAAUAACAUUAGUAUUGUCCAUAAGGCCAUCAAAAGAUAGUGUUACACUCCAGUAUAAAAAUCCUCUCUUCUCAAUUUUUUGUAUAUAUAAAUACUUUUCAGUUUUGCUGAUUGUUUAUUUAUUUGAAUUUGUCAUGCCUGUGUGGCAUUAUGGAAAAUUAAACCUGCAUACUCACCCAGAUUCAUUCAUCAGCUGUGUUUGUUUAGGCUUUUCCUGUUGCAUAGUGUCUCUUAAUUUCUAUAAUCUAUACUGUCUUGUAAAAUAAAGUGUUUUUCUUCCCAAAUGUUGAGAUGGAAUAAAACAUUUUUAAACAUC